AUGGCCGACCUCGAUGCUGAACUUCUUGCCCUUGCCGGAGGUGAUUCCUCUGGUGAGGAGUCCAUGCCAUCAUCUCCCAAAGAGAAAUCUUCUUCACCAUCCCGUUCCAAGAAGCAAUCUCGAGAUUCCCCUCCCACCGAGGCUCGCAAGGGCGUCGCUAAGACAGUCAAGAGAACGAAGCGCCGCAAGACGUAUUCUGACGACGAAGAUGAAGUAUCUUCGCUUUCACAACAUUCCGAAUCCGCCUCUAUGUCCCAAUCUGAUUCGGAGGCCGACUUUGACCCUGACACAGACGACAAACCCAUCUUCCCUUACGAAAAGCUCUACUACGAUGCGGCAGACAAGGCCCGCAUCGAAGCGAAGCCCGAAAUUGAACGAGAAGAGAUCCUAGCCCAGCGAAGCGAACAAGUUGAGCGUCACGAACAAGAUCUCACACUCCGACGGCUAGUUGCGCAGCGUGCUCGCGAGGAAGCUAAGAAUGCUGCAAAGAAUAAGCGCAAGGCCAGCGCAGCAGAUCUUGAAGACUCCCAAAGAAAGAGCACUCGGCAGCGUACAAAAGUCGGAGGUGGCCGUGUCGGCGAGGCCAGUAGUGCCAUUGAAGCGUACAAACGUCAAAGAGAAGAGAAGAACCUGCGCGACGAACAGCGGAAGAGAGGCGAAACCGUAAGGAGACUAGCAUCACCGAGAGACAACUUCAGCGAUGCCGAUGCAGAAGGCGAAAGCGACAAUGACUACGAUGAUCGCCGAUACAAGCGAAGAUCACCCAGCCCGCCGAAGGACGAGCCUAUUGCCGAACUGCAAGACAUUCAACGGGCUCGUGUCGGUCGCGACAACUUUGCUCAGGUCUGCUACACACCAGGGUUCAAGGAAACCAUCACCGGCUGCUACGCCCGCGUUUGCCUCGGUCCAGGCCGCACUCCAGGUGUCAAUGAAUACCGUCUCUGCCUGAUCAAAGGCUUCGCCACCGGCAAGCCAUACGCCAUGAUCGGCUCUAACGGCAGACCCUUUCCUGUUGACAUGUACAUCAUAGCUGCCCAUGGCAAAGCCGAAAAACAGUGGUCGUUCCUCGAGUGCUCUAUGCAGAAAUUCACAGAUGCCGAAUGGCUCCGUUACCGUUCUGUCAUGGCAAACGACGACCUCAAGAUGCCCACCAAGGCAUUCAUCAAUUCGAAACUAGAUCAGAUUAACCGCCUGAUCAACCACAGAUUUACCGACACUGACAUCUCAGCGAGGAUCAAAGCGCAGGCAGAUUUGACCGAGAAAAUCACCCGUGCAGGAGAGAAGGCUGACCUCAGAGAACGAAUUGCAGAAGCUCGUGCUGACGGACGAGACGAAUUGGCCGAGGAGCUGGAGAACCAGCUAGCAGCCAUUGUACCUAUGAAACUGGCUUUCGGGACAAGCUUGGAAAAGAAGGAAACGUCCUAUGUGAAUCCGGAGCAAGAGAGGCUUGCGGAGCUGAAUAGGCGAAAUCAGAGAUUAAACGCCGAGAAUGUCAGGAAAGCGCAACUUGCGGAGAUGAGGCAACGAAAGGCGAAGAAGACGCUUGCUCCUGGUAUCGACGACUUGUUCGAAGGUGGUAGUGACAUCUCCCGCGCGGGGACACCCGUCAAUGGAGCAGGGACACCUAAGCUUGGGCCAACACUUGCUGCGGCGGCAAGCAUUUCGCGCACGGCAUCGCCGAACCCGCUCUCCCUCGCCAAUGGCACACCUCGCAGCUCCACACCUCUCGCGUCGGGUGCUCUAAAGCCAGUCCUCUCGCAGCAGCAGCAGAAGAAGAAAGGAGGUCUUCCGACCAUUCGCAAAGCGGCUUUGGAUGAUGAAAUCAUUGCGCAGAUGGAUCUGGGCAUUGAUAUCGAUAUCGAUGUUUGA